UGAGGAAGUCGGAGCGAGGGGCUUUCCAGUUAGUCGAAUUGAAAUCAACAGAGCACAAGGCUUCAACGCUGGUGGAUUUUUUCGCUUCUCCUCGAGCCGAAUUACGCACUUUUUUCCCCCCGUCUCUCCAAACUGGACAUCCGACCAUGAGAAUGUUCGGUGUGUCUGCGGCCGCUGCCUGUGUGAGAACCCGCGAGGACGGAUUCCUCUGAACGGUAGAGACGUCCGCGGUCUCUGGGAGCGUUCAUGAAGUGGACAAGCCGCCGAGGCUCCGGCUCUUACAUUGUUCCGAGGCAGAAAACAGUGCUGCAGUGUCGGACGACGUCCAUAACUGAUUCAUGAAAGUCUGGUUCAGGCCUGUAAACUAGUGAUGGAAAAACCGUGAUGACACACAGCCGAGUUUAGCUCUCUGUUGGAUUGGCAGUUUGUGCUGAGGCAUUGUCAGUCAGUCUUUGGGAGGAUGUUGGGGUUGCUUUUGAUCACAGGGUGCGCUUUCUCACUUCGCAGCCUGGGCCAUUUGAAUCUGACAUCUGUUGAACUCUCAGAAUAAACACGGUCAUGUCCUUGCCGCGCCGUGUGGACGGGCGGGAGCAGCAGAUUGCUCUGCAGCAGCAGCAGUCCUUCCUCCCGCUGCGUGGUGGUUUUCAGGACCACUUCGUCAUGCCUCCCGAGCCCAAGUAUUGCUGCGAGUACUGUCGCAUGGUGUUGUGUAAUCCUCGGCAGACUGAGUGCGGACACCGCUUCUGCGAGAGCUGCAUUCCCCAGCUGCUUAGUAAACCAAAUCCGGUGUGCCCAGCUGAUAUGGAGCCAUUAUCUCAAGAGAAAAUAUUUCGCGAUGUUUGCUGCCAUAGAGAGAUUAUGACGUUGAAAGUCUACUGCCGCAGUGCGAAAAACGGAUGUAAAGAACAAAUGAGUUUACAGCAGGUUACGGACCAUUUGAACAUGUGUGAGUACUUUGAGGUGCCCUGUCCAUUGUGUAAAGAGAAGAUAAUGAGGAAGGACAUGCCUGAACACUUGAACCACAAAUGCAAAUACCGUGAGGCCACCUGCGAAUUCUGCAAACACAAAAUGGCCUUAACGGAUCUAAAGAAACACAAAGAAACAGUUUGUCCUGCAUUUCCAGUAGCAUGCCCUAAUCAUUGUUCAUUUUCAUCCAUUGUAAGAAGUGAGCUGUCCAUUCACCAGCAAGACUGUCCAAAGGCUCAAGUCACGUGCUCCUUCUUUCGUUUUGGCUGCACCUACAAGGGUCUGAACCAGGAAAUGAGGGAGCACGAGUCAAGCUUUGCUGCAGAACACUUGCGAAUGAUGGUGGCCAGAAGCAGUACACUAGAGGCCAAGGUGGAGGAUGUCAAAAAUGAGCUGUUGGAACGCUACAAGGUUCUCCCGAGUCUGAGCAGUCGUCUUACAGAAGUGGAGGAGCAGUAUAAGGACAUGAGGGAGAAAUACCGACAAAUGGAACAGAAACUGUCCAGCACGCAGAAGCUACUGAGCACGCACUCCGAGAAGCUGCUGGAGGUGGAGAUCGAGCUGAGGGAACUGCGGCCACUGAGGUCCAUGCGUGAUGAAGUGGAGGCUCUGAGGGACGCCGUGGAGAGCAUGCGCUCUGUGGUAGCAUCACUCGACUCUGUCCGAACCGGUUCUGGUUCCCACUCGAUGACCUCAUUAGAGACCCAGAUGUCGCGGCAUGACGAGCUGCUCAGCGUGCAUGACAUUCGUUUGGCUGACAUGGACCUUAAGCUGCAGGUGCUGGAGACGGCCAGCUUCAACGGAACUCUUAUUUGGAAGAUUCGUGACUACAAACGGCGCAAGCAAGAGGCAGUGGCUUCUAAAACAUUGUCGCUUUACAGCCAGCCGUUCUACACGGGCUAUUUUGGCUACAAGAUGUGCGCACGUGUUUACCUGAAUGGUGACGGCAUGGGAAAGGGCACGCACCUGUCGCUCUUCUUCGUAGUGAUGCGUGGUGAGUAUGAUGCUCUGCUGCCGUGGCCUUUCCGCCAAAAAGUGACACUCAUGCUGAUGGACCAGGGUCCUACACGCAAGCACCUGGGUGACGCCUUCAAGCCUGACCCAAACAGCAGCAGCUUCCGGCGGCCCACGGGGGAGAUGAACAUUGCCUCGGGCUGUCCACUCUUUGUCGCCCAGACCGUGCUGGAGAAUGGCACCUACAUUAAAGAUGACACCAUCUUCAUCAAAGUCACAGUGGACACCUCAGACCUGCCUGACCCAUGACACCGGGACAAUUAUCCCAUUGAGGGCCCGGUGCUCAUCAUGGAUGUUACGAGAUCACAGGAUUGGGAAAAACAGAGCAGGAACCGAUGAGGAGAAUCAACCAAACACAAGAGUGUGCCGAGAGUCUCAGGCUGGUUCUCCUGAGACGGUGUAGGCACAGUUUCUUGAGAGACAGAUUGUGCUCUCCUUUGGAUCAUGACCAGGGUAGGGGAGGUCUCAGAUAGCCACAGUGUUCAAGAUGGAGCAGAAAGAGCGAAGGGUUUUCACCUCAAAGCAAACGAAAGUAUGUAAUUGUCCGUGAUGGUAAAGGUGCCAACAUGCAGCGCUGCCUUUCAGCCAGAGAAAAGUAAGAGGGACCUAUUUGUUCUCUUUAACCUACAUGUUACUGUUUUUAGGAUAUUAGCUUAAAAAGAAAUAAAUAUUUCACUAAAAAUUCAAUUUUUUUUUUUUCCUAAAUAAAUAAUUAAAUCUGACAAAUUUAAUGAGUGGGCCUCAUUUAUCAAUCUUUUAGUAAAGUAAUGUGUAAAUGUUUUCAUAAGCCAAAACAAAACUAAAAAUUCCUGUAAGAUUAUUUUUGCUAAAUACUUUUCUUCAUACUCCAGCCUGUUUGUUUAUAAAUGCCAGUCCGCUGUUUUGCAUUUAGUGAUGCCCACAAAAAAAAAUUAAACGGCUGAAAAUAACUAAAUGAUGAAAGAGUAGUUCGUAGUUAAUUAGUAGAGAUGCACCGAUCCUAAAUUUCUCAGCCGAUACCGGUACCCGAUUAUUCAGAGUGAUAUCGGCCGAUACCGAUAGUUCUGCCUUUUAUACCUUCUUAUAAAAUAAUACUAAUUAAAUCCACAAUUCUGAAGGAAAUGCAUAUAAAAACUUUAUUCUCUCCAUUUCAACAAGUUGUUUCACAGUAACUGGUCUCAUAAACAAAAAACACAUUACUCUAAUUAACAUUAACACAUGAACUAAAUCCUGAAGAUUAAAGUAAGAUUUCUGAACUUAUUGAAUGUUAUUAAUUCAUAUUAACAUUGACUGAAUUCUAAAAAACCUCCUGUUAGUCUCACAUUCACUCACCACAAACAAAAGCAUUUCUACUUCAUCAUUAACAUCAAACUGGUAACAUAUAAUAUAAACUUUUUCAUGUAUUAACAUUAAUUGAAUAUGAAAUAUACUACUCUACAAAUAUAUUUUUCUGUGCCAUAUAUACUUUUUUUUCCUCAACUCAUCUUCAUUUAAAUUUUUCAACAGUGUACUGGCGCUUUAAUUCAGCGGGAGCAGUGCGGCAAAAAAAAAAAAAAGGUCUCAACGCAAAACUCCCGCUUCACUGCUGCAGCGUCCGGUUUUAGCAGUGCAGAGCUUACAAACUGCAGUUUUGUCGUCAUUCCACACAAGAGACAUCAUCUUUACUCACAGCACCAAAUCGAUGUGUUUUCCCGCCCUCUUUUGAUUGACAGGAUAUAAUCGGCCCUGAUCAUCAGAUGUUUUUAAACUAUCGGACGAUGCCCGCUAGCGUGAAAAAUUACCUUUACAAUAAUAAUCAGUAAUCUGUAUCGGCCGAUACAUCGGUGCAUCUCUACUCCUAAGUGAAAAGUGUGCUAAAACUUCCUGUACCGCAGUUCUGUCAUUGCAAUACUUUAGCUACCAUAGACACACACUAUCUCUUUCUCCCUUUAUAGGUUGCUAUUUCUUUUUUUCUUAACUGAACGGCUAGUGUUAUUCGUCUUAAUUUACGGAUUGUUUUGGAUCGCUUUCUUUCAAGUCAUUAAUAUGAAGUGCGUUUCAACACUUUUCAAUAAAUUUGUGUGUAAUUGAAAUUGAUUAAUAUAAUUACGCGAUUUUAAACUCGACCGUGUAUAAUAUCUCAGUAACUCAUCAAAUGAUUGGCUUCAAAUCGUAUAAUUGGCGAUAAUAAUUCACCUUAUUGAGUCCUUAUAUGUAAAUUUAAACAAACUCUGGAGCUUUCGUUGGAUCCUUUUUUUUCUUCUUCACUAACUGGAUUUUCCUGAAUAGCACAUUUAUGAUGUAAAUGUUCCUAUGAACAAUUUUAUGAAUAGAUUUGUUCGUAUCCAGCUUGAUAAAUGAGGCCCAGUUUCUGUAUUGCAGGCUGUUGUUCUGGCAGUUCAGCUUUUAUAUUCAGCGAAAUAAAGAUAAUGUGUAUUUCACUGUAUUCAGUGAUGUUUGGUGUUUUCGUUAAAAAAAAACAAAAAAACCAACUUGUCAGUAUCACGUAUCGAAGCAUUCAUAUAGCGAAGAACAAUGUAUAGAAUGUGUUUUGUGCGUAUGCUGGUAGAACUUUCUUUAUUGGUUCACUGGUAAUGGACCUGCGCUGUAAAGCAUGAAGAUGAAAGGAAUCCACAAAACACAUUGGGCUAAAAGUAAAUAAAUAAAUAUAACUAAAAAAUAAAAAUAAAAAAUGAUGCAUGUAAAACCAACAUAACGGAGUUUAAUCUUCAGAAUGUGUUUACUAUUCUGACACAUUAUUUUUUGUAAUGUUAAAUAUUGAUGGAUGCUGUGCAUCAGAAUAUAUUGUUCUUUUGUUAACACGGUUUGUAAUACUAGUCUUUAAGACUACAGCUAUGCUGGUCGAGACAUUGACAGUAAACCAGAUCACCCUUCUAGGAUUUGCACAACUAUGGUUUUUGUAUAUGUAAUGCAAAUGUAUAUGAAUAUUAAAAAAAAAAAACACACAAACAUUUUACCAUAUUCUUUUGUUGUCAUUUGUGAAUUAAGGUUAAUUUAACUUGCCUCAAGUUAAUCCACAGGUUCGGCUUAGGGUUUGUGUAAAACGAAUUAAAACCCUCUUUUUUUUACAGAUUUAAAAAAAAAACAAAAAAAAAAAAAAAAAACUGGAAAUUUCAUGUUCAUAAUAUUUUCUCCUUGAGAUCCAUAACAUGGCCUACAAGUCAGCAUUUAUCAUUAAUAUUAAUGCAUCCUGUAUUUGCAUGUGCCUUAUUAACCCUUUCAUUCAUAAAUGAGGCUUUUUUUUUUUUUAAAUGAAGUUUAUUACUCAGUUCUGCAUAGACAGUCAUAUGAUAUUUCAUAUUUUCAUUUUUACCUUAAAAUCACUUUUAUUAAAAAGGUAUUCAACUGUCCACAUAUGUGGACACAAUGCAAGUCAAACAAAAGUAGAACAACACUGAUUAUAAAAUACAGACCGUGUUUUUAAUCAUCUUUGUGUCGUUCAUUAACUUUUAGCUGUAACAUAUUACAUAAAUAUUUAACUGCAAAGAAUUUUGAACUCCUUCUUUUAAAAAAACAAACAUUUCAAUUUCAUUGCAAAACGUUCAAAUUUCUGAGGCUUAAUCCUCUUUCUAUUAAAACAAGGCAUUUCUGUUUUAUUGAAAGAUCCGGAAAGCAACAACACUUAAGGAGAGAACAAUUAAUAGAAACACUUAUGAAUCUGUUCAGGCUUUGAUGGCGCUUUAAGUCCUGUGACAGCGGUAGAUAUUGGCACUAAGGCGUGGGUUAUUCUUCUCUUAUUUCUUGCUGUGAACUCCCCCAAAAGCAGUUCGCCCAUAAAUUCACAUAGAAAAUGCACAAAUUCGAAUAUACCUUCCUUUGUUCUUUCUUCUACGUGUUAUGGAUCACAGCACACUCUUUUUCACUCCACCUUUGUACAACAUCCUGACGAUGUCACAUGAAUUAUGUGGAUUCUUCACCGUCAGGCUUCACUGUAAAAUCCCCCGUCUGUUUCUGGCAUUCUGCUGUCGUUGG